AUGCAGGAAUCGCCGUCGGCGCUGCGAUCGCUGCGCGAGCAACAGGCCUGCCAACAGGCCUUUUGGCGCUUUGUCGACACCGACAGCACAUUGUUCGACUCGGCCGUAAGGCUGUCCCGGCAGCACGACGACCGGCUCUUCCGACGGUGGGCCGAGAGUGUCCCCAAGCCUACUGCCGACCUGUUCGACAACUACCGCAAGCAGCAACAGCCCGCCAUCCGCCCGAACCCGCCCCACCACCCAUCCGUCAAAAUCGAGACUCUGCCUGAUUCUAUCGGCCACUGGACAUGGCUCUCCGAGCUGUGUCUGCACGGCAACGGCCUGAAGCGGCUGCCGGACACCAUCGGCAAUCUCACGGCCCUCAAGCGCCUCGAAAUCUCCAGCAACGAGCUCACGGACCUGCCCGACUCCAUCGGCUUCAUGGCCAGCCUGCGGUCCCUGGACGUCUCCGCCAACAGAAUCACCCAUGUGCCGCAAUCGCUCUGCGCACUCUCGGCCCUCCGGCACCUGGCCCUGGACUGCAACCGCCUCCGCUCCCUUCCCGACGACCUUGGCCGCCUCGCCGCCCUGCAGAUGCUGAUGCUGUACGAGAACGAGCUCGAGACCCUGCCGGCCUCGAUCGGCCGCCUCGGAUCGCUCGAGUCGCUCCACAUGGACCAGAACCGACUGACGCGACUGCCCGAUACCCUGGCGGGGCUGGUUCGCUUGGAGGAGCUGGUCGUGCAGAACAACAAGCUCGAGCGCCUGCCAGAGUCGCUCACGAGACUGCCGCGGCUGAGGGAGCUGUAUGUUGCCAACAACCAGCUGCGGCUCCUUCCCGAGAGCCUGGGCGGCCUCACCGCUCUCUGCCAGUUCGAUGUCGGCGGCAACCUGCUGACGACCCUGCCGCCCUCGCUCGGCCGGCUGCCGAACCUGCACUCCCUCAACCUCGACCACAAUCUGCUGUCGCACCUGCCCGCCGUUCUGGGCGACUGCUCGGCGCUGCGGGAGCUCAGCAUCGUCGGCAAUCCCCUUCGCACGCUCCCGGACUCUCUGGCAGCACUGCCCGAGCCGCUGCACCUCACUGCCGAUGGACAUGUCGUCGCCAAUCUGCCCAAGGGAAUCGUGCUGAUGCCCAGGCCCGAGCAGUGGAUAGCGGCGGAUGCCUGA